AUGUUUGCAACCUCCGUCUCCCAACCCGGCCACUUGGGGCCGGUGCCAGAAGACGCCGAUCAGAAGAGCCACCACGUGAAGAACCUUUGGGGGAAUACCUCCAAGUUCACAAACCCUCAUGAUUCAUUCAGAGAGCCGGCUCGUUGGGACAUCUUCGGUUUGUUAUUCGGGAAGCUCACUGGGCUCGGGGGUUGGCCAGAACCAACAGGCGCCGAGAUUUCGGUCGUGGCGCCGGAACUGCUGCCGACGAGGACUGAGGGCCACGGCUCAGCCAACAAAGCGCUGCGCGCAACCUGGCUUGGCCACGCCUGUUACUACGUGGAAUUCCCGUCGGGGCUGCGCGUACUCUUCGACCCCGUGUUCGAGGAGUGCUGCGCCCCUAUUAACGCAGAUACCUUCCGGCGCUACACCAAGCCUGCCUGCGCAAUCGCGGAUCUACCCUUUGUUGACGCUGUCAUUAUCAGCCACAGCCACUACGACCACCUCAGCUACCCGACGGUCCAGGAGAUCCGCAAUCAUUUCCCACAGGCCCACUAUUUCGUCGGCCUGGGACUGCGCAGCUGGUUCGAGAAGAGCGGUAUCACCAAGGUAACGGAGCUGGACUGGUGGGAAGAUGUCGAGCUUACCUUGACGCCUCAGGGGCUUGCUGAGGCGGACAGGGCAGGGGUUGUCGCUUCUGCGUCCUCCGCGGCGACGCCUGAGAAAGGCAUGUCGACCUCAAACCCCAUCACGGCCCGCAUCUCAUGCCUCCCGUGUCAGCACAACUCGGGUCGCGGCCCGUUUGACGCCGGCAAAACGCUGUGGUGCAGCUGGGCCGUCUCGUCGGCCUCGGGCACCCCGGCACAGCCCGAGAACACGAAGUCCGUCUGGUUCGGCGGCGACACCGGGUACCGCACCGUCCCCAAGGUGGCGCCCCAUGAGGACGACUGGGAGCCGCCGUACGACAAGCUGCCCGUCAACCCGCAGUUUGCCCAGAUCGGCCGGCUGCGCGGGCCGUUCGACCUCGGGCUGAUACCCAUCGGCGCCUACGCGCCGCGCCACGUCUUCAGCAGCGUCCACGGCAAUCCGUACGACGCUGUGGAGAUGUUCCGGGACACCAAGUCGAAGAGGGCCAUGGGCAUCCACUGGGGCACGUGGCUGCUCACUCCGGAGGAGGUCGUCGAGCCGCCAAGGCUGCUGAAGAAGGCCCUGAAGCGGAGAGGCAUUGCUGAGGAGGGCGUGUUUGACGUCUGCAAUGUAGGCGAGACGAGGGAGUUCUGA